AUGGUUGUGAAUGAGUGUGUGAUUGAUAUUUGUAGAGAUAUUACUUGUCAUGGUAGAGGGUGUCACAACAUACCUCCAUCCCCUGCGUCGCGCCACCACCACUUGAAGCUCGAUGUCCCGAGGUUUGAUGGUCACGAUCCCCUUGGCUGGAUAUUCAAAAUAUCCCAGUUCUUCGACUACCAAGGCAUCCCGGAGCUCGAACGCCUUACGAUCGCCUCGUUCUACAUGGAUGGGCCGGCCCUUUCCUGGUACCAGUGGAUGCACAGGAAUGGCUUCUUCUCCUCGUGGCCAUCAAUGUUGCAGGCAUUGGAAUCACGCUUUGCUCCUUCGUUUUAUGAUGACCCCCAAGGCAAUCUCUUCAAACUUCAACAAACGGGUACAGUUAGUGAUUACCUUACCUCCUUUGAACGCCUUGCCAACCGCACAAUUGGAAUUCCUCCCCUGUCCCUAUUGAGCUGCUUUAUUUCUGGUUUCAUACCAGAAUUACGUUGCGAUGUUCAGGCGCUCCACCCUAUCUCCCUUCCUCAGGCCAUCGAACUCGCCAGACUCCAAGAAGACAAGAUGAUGGACCGCCGUCGCGGCCACCGCCCACCACCACCACCACCACCUACUCACCCACCUUACCACCCUAACCCUACUACCACCCCUCCAUUUUCCCCUUCCCCUCUUUCCCCUAAAUCCCCUCCUUCCAUGUCCCUUCCUUCCCCAAAGAUUCCAAUCAAACGUUUGACAGCAGAGGAACUAGCAGUGCGCCGCGACCAGGGAUUAUGCUAUCAUUGUGAUGAUAAAUGGUCCCCUGGCCACCGCUGUAAGUCCCGAUUGCACCUCUUACUCACAGACGAAGAUGUGCUUCCUGAGGCUACUGAUGACACCGAAACCCACUCAACCCUAAUUUCCCAAAUCAGUCUCAAUGCGAUGGAGGGAUCCCCGACACCUCAGACCUUCCGCCUCUUCGGUUCCGUCAAUCGCCACCGUGUUGUGAUUCUAGUGGACGGCGACAACUCCCAUAACUUCGUCCAAACCCGCAUGGCCCGCUUCCUCAACCUUCCUACUUCCCCCACCACCCCCCUCCGUGUCAUGGAGGGUAACGGAAAUACCCUCGACUGCGACACCGUCUCCCCCCAGGUGACCCUCGACAUUCAGAACCAUUCUUUCACUUUGGACCUCUUUCAUCUCCCUCUUUGCGGUGCCGACAUUGUACUUGGAGUACAAUGGCUUAAGUUACUUGGCCCAGUCACAAUGGACUUUGCCACGCUUACCAUGAGUUUUCAGCACUUGGGCCAUCCUAUCACUUUAAUUGCUGAUGUACCCCCCACCCCUACCCCUGCUUCAGCCCAUCAACUAAAGAGACUCACCACCACCCACAGUAUUCUGGCCUUAUUCCACAUCACUCCCUUCCUAGCCCAGACACCAACAUCACCAUCGUCCCCACUCCCCACCACCAUCCCUCCGUCCAUAUCCACCAUCCUCACCCGCUACUCCACCAUAUUUGCCGGACCUCAACAACUUCCCCCACCCCGCACAAUUCAACACCACAUUCCCCUCCUUCCCAAUUCUCCACCCGUUAACAUCCGCCCCUACCGUUACCCUCACUACCAGAAAGCAGAAAUUGAGGCCCAAAUCUCAGGCAUGCUCACCGCCGGCCUUAUCAGACCAAGCCAAAGUCCCUUCUCUUCCCCUAUUUUACUUGUCAAAAAAAAGGAUGGGUCCUGGUGUUGCUGUGUUGACUACCGUGCUCUUAACACCAUCACCGUGAAGGACAAAUUCCCCAUGCCCAUGGUGGAUGAGUUACUUGAUGACCUGGGCAAAGCUUCGUGGUUCUCGAAGCUCGACCUGCGCCAAGGGUUCCAUCACCGUGAAGGACAAAUUCCCCAUGCCCACGGUGGAUGA